AUGUCAUCAAAAAAACUUAACCGCUCGGUCCGCGGCUGGGACUUGUCCGCCGGCACCGAGGCGUGGCGCGGCUGGUGCGGUGGCGCGGUAAGCGCGCUGGCGGCCGGCGAGGGCGGCGACGCGCGCCUCGUGCUGGCCGCCGCCGGCGCCGCCGUGCGAUUGUACGACACGCGCAGCCGCACGCCUGUCUCUACCUUGUGGUCGAGCGGCGUGAGCGGCGCGUGCCCGUCGAACCGCGGCGUGGGCGAGGUAGCGGUGACCGCGCUGGCGCUGGCGCACGCGCACCGCCUCUACACCGCCGCCGCCGACAAGCUGCGCCUGUGGGACCUGCGCAUGAUGGAGUGCGUGUGCAAGGUGUGGUCGGGGCACGCGGCGGCCGUGAUGUGUGUGGCACUCGGGCGCGGCGCGGCGGGCGAGCGCGUCGCCACCGGCUCCAAGGACCACUACGUGCGCACCCUCGACAUGCAGCCCGCCGACACCGGCGCGUGGGAGGCCAGCAACCGGCGCCUGCUCGAGCCGCCGCACUACGACGGCGUGCAAGCGCUCGCGCUGCGAGGAGACGUGCUCUACAGCGCCUCGCGAGACUCCAGCCUCAAGCGCUGGACGCUCGCCGACCUGACCCUCACGCACAGCGUGAUGAACGCGCACAAGGGCUGGGUGACGGGCGUGUGCCUGCUGGGCGCGGGUGACGGCGAAGCGCUGGUGUCGUGCGGGCGGGACGCGGCGCUCCGGCUGUGGAGCCCGGGCCUGCGUGCUGCCGCGCCGCCCGCGCCGCUGCCGGAUGCGCCGCACGCGCUGCGGCCGCAUCCCGACCCGAGGACUAGGACGCUCUACACCGCCGGCAACGGCGGCGAGGUGCGCGCGUGGCGGCUGAGCGCCGAGUGAGCAGCGACGGGCGCGUCCGUGCGUGGCGCAUGCGCCUGCCGCGGUGACCGGCCGCGCCCGCGCCCGCCAGCCCGCGCGGCCCGCGCCGUGCUUGGCGGUGACCGCGGGGCCCGACCACCACGACGGACCACAGGCCACACUACCGAAACCCCACAUGAACCUCGUCCUGCGAAUCCCCUUUAUCACUGUUCGGAUUGCCCCGACUGGAUCUGUCAAUAGGCCGUAUAGGCCGCGGCCUAGGGGCGGCAGAUUUCAGAUGACGCUUACUCGAUUUCAGAAGAUAAAAGUUAAAUAAAGAUCCAACCCCACCCUAGCCUACGGGCGGCAAAACUGUAAAUCCGCCACUGCUGUUCGCGUGACCCGCCCGGAUCUCACAAAAUUGCUCAAUCGACGCAUGCUCGCGAGCUAUGAUUCGUUAAUCGAUGCGUUCGCGACCACUAUAGUAUUGAAUGUCACCUCAAAUUAACGAGCGGCAGGUGAAGUAUCUCAUUAGAUAGUUUAGGGCCUAAGUGUGACGUAGCGAGUUAAUUCGUCUCCGACGAAUGUUAGUUAAGGUGAAUCGUACUUGUAGAUCGAAACUCACUCAUUUUAAAAUGUAGCCGAGUUCACGUAUACUGCUAGAUUCGCAACAAAGGCCUUCAUACAGAUAAUAAGAUGUUAUAUUCGACCGAGCUAUCAUUAGGUAAGAACAUAAUAUAUUCUAUGUAUACAAAUUAGACGAUGUUAAGUCUGAAUAUUAGCUUAGCGGCUUUAGUUCCUGUGAUUAUUUGAGAAUACCUAGUAGAACGAUAGAGAGCCAAUGCCUUAUUGCCAAAUUUUAAUCAUGCGCACAAUUACUGUCUUUAUCAGCUCCUCACUAGUGGACCAUGUAAGACAACAAUUUGUAAAAGACACAUUUAUUUCGUUACUUGUCUGAAUUAGUAUAACUUACUACUAUUUUGUGCUGAUAAUACUGGAUGUCCCGUACCACAAAAAAAAAGUAUUAUAUGUCAGUUUACAUUAGGACUAUACAACAUUUAGAAAACAGAUGAAUAGCCACAGUAAACUGCAGUGUGAAUGAUGUAUGAAAUGUUGCAAUUUGGUAGUUUUUGAACAUAGGUAUUAUUAGCACCCAGUAGUUAAUGUAAAAAAAGACUUACUCGAACAGAAGCAAUUAGAAGAUACUGUGAUUUUUAUAUAUUUUUGUACAUUCCUGUGCUACGGGUAGACGCCAGAAUCAUACAUUCACAUUUAGCUAUACAGGACAUAGGAUAUGAUGGCAAAAAUUUGAACAAUAUAGUCUGAUCGCUGCCCAUUAUGUUGUUUUUUUCAAUUUCUUCUUUUUUCACUUCUCAAUAUUUUUGGUCUUCUGGUGUUCCAGACUUUGUUAUUAUUUGUUAAUCAAUAAAUAAACAGGUUUAAUAAAGCACUGUAAUAUCUUGUCAAGUUUUUGCCAACAGCUACCUUGUGUAUGUUUAAUACCUUGUAGAGUUAUAUCGGUCGCGGUAUUAAUUAAAUUGAAUUCUAAAUCAACUAAUGUCCAAAUAUUAACUUUUAGUUUUAAGUAUAACAUUAUUAUUAAUCUACGAAUUUUAGUGAAAAUAUUUUAUAUUUGUUUUGUCCUUUCUGUUUUUAUUCUUAGUAUUAUGUGUAUCACUUCAGUAUUAACACGCAUACCUUCAAAUAGUUUGUAGGAGAAUAACGCGGUAACUUUAGCACUGAUGUCAUAUUAGGUACGGCUCGGUUAAGUUAAAGUCCAAUCACUAGACAACUUUUUAGAUUUAGAGGUAACAAUACGUGAAUUGCGCUGUUCUAUUGACAUCAGUGCUCUCGUUCCCGAUCGUCAGGCUAUGAUGAUGCUGGUAGCUUUAUUAAUAAACAAAGAUUUUAUCGUUGUUAAUUUUGUCUCAAAAUAAUAAUAAGCUUGAAUCUAGUUAACGAUAACGAAUUAUAAAUGGAAGAGACGUGUUUUUACUUCAGCGUUUAAUUUAGAGUUCGUACGCCUAGUCAAUAUUAUUGGGAUUGCGUGUGUGACCACUGUUUGUAACUUUUAUUAAAAUUAUACUAUAUUGUUUCCAUUUAUCA